AUGUAUAUAAGCCAUAACCAGCCGACCUUUUCUCAUCAAUACUUUCGAAUCCAUUCGAAAGCAGCGAAACCCCAAAAUGAAGUGUAUUGCGGUCUUCUGCUUCUUGGCCUUCUCCACGGCCCAAGGCUUCCCAAGCAUCCCAUCCCUUCCAAAUCUUUCACCUGUAACCAGAGAUUGCCACGGCUUCGGAGCCGGCUCUUGGCUCCGGCUCUGAGCGGCUCCGGCUCCGAGCCGGGAGCCAGAGCCGGAGCCGGAAAUUUUGGGGUCGGCUCCGGCUCCCGAGCCCAAAGUCGGAGCCAGGCUUCCCAGCGGUCAGAAAAGUAAAAAUUUCGUGUUAUUGUUAAACCAAAUUGCUUGAAAAACACUGCGGAGGAUUUGACUUGACUGCAAAAACGUUGGCUGUAUGAUCUCUGGCAAUAAUAAGAUUUAUUUUUGGAAAAAUAUUUUAAAAAAAAACAUUUUGCAUAGGAGCCGGGAUUCGGAGCCGACGGCUUUUUUAAAUUUUGCACGGAGCCAAGAGCCGGAGCCGUAGCUGCAAAUUUGGCCUCGGCUCCGGCUCUGGGAGCUAAAAGCCGGAGCCGAAAUUUUGACCGUGGCAAUCUCUGCCUGUAACUCUACCGGAAAUCCCAUCCCUUCCGAAAGUUUUACCUGUAACUUUGCCGGAACCACAAGAGCCACUUUUGGAGGCUUUGGUUCAAAUUCUCAACCAAAUUCUGGAGGAUCUCCACCUUCCAACCGUCGAUCCCGAGGCCGUUACCUUCCCCGAAUUGGGAGUUGAAGGAGAUCGAGUCAAGAGAGACCUCUUCUCUGGAGUCACUGGCCUUCCACCAUCUCCAUUGGUCGUAAUCAUCGAGCUUCUGAACAAGAUCCUCGAAACUCUGAACCUCCCCACCGUCAACCCCGAAGCCGUCACCAUCCCUUCUGAUGCUGGCCGUGUCAAGAGAGAUGCCUUCGAGCCAGUCACCGCUGAGCCCACAUUCGACGUUCUGCUCGACAUCCUGAACCAGAUCUUGGAAUGUCUGCACCUGCCCACCAUCAACCCUGAGGAAGUGACCGUCCCUUCGGAAGAGGGCGGCCGUGCCAAGAGAGAUAUUCCCUUCGGAAUCACCCUUCCUUCCGAAAACCCCCUCGCUGAAUUGAUCGCCAAGCUCUUGGAGAUCAUUGCCAAAUUGGAGAGCUUCGAAUUCGGAACUGGAGCCCCUCUCCCAGUCACCUUCCCAUCAUUGUAA